AUAUAUAUAUAAACACCACGACAACCCAUAUUUUGGUUAGUUUCCAAUCCAUUGAAAUUUUUAGAAACGCUCCUCAAUUCGCCUUCUCCACAGCCCUCCCAAGACGUGACGGAAGAUCUUCAUGAGUUCUACACCCACAGUGGUAUCCAGAGUUUCCUGCAAAUUGGGAAACAAGAGCAGCUUCUUCUUCUGGAUUCUCUUUUGCUUGCUAUUGAAGAUCUUGAGAUCUCCAAAAAUAGAUAUCUCAUCGUUUAAGGCUGACUCUUCAUUAUUCUGCACCUUGGGAGGGCUCCAGUUGUCGUGCUGAUUGAUAAUUGGCCAUCUGCAUCCUGCAUUUAAAAUAAUUCAGCAUGGUUUCUUCUCAAAUACUACCUUCCGUGACAAAAGAUGGCAAGCGCAAACCGACCCACCACCAGAUACUCUUACCUGUGAGUCCACCUGAUGUUGUUUCUUCUGAACAGGUUGAGUUAGACUUUUCUGACGUGUUUGGCCCUCCACCUGUUCAUGCCUCAAAUGAAGUCAGCUAUAAAAAUGGUGAAGUAAAUGAGCUUGUUUAUGAUGAUCCUGAGGUCAUUUACAAUCGAUCACAUUCACUAGUUGGUCCUUCUGCUUGUGUUAGCCAAUCUCUGAACCUCAGUGGCCUGACCAUUCAUGAAACUGAAGAGCAGAUAGAGUUUCUGGACUCUGUUAUGAAUGUGACCUGUAAAAAAGGUCAGGACGCCUCUGUGGAUGAUUCUGUUUCUGAGGUCUGCGAUAGUAUGAUGAAGACCCAAGCAGUAGGCCUCGAGGAUUUUGAGGUUUUAAAAGUUGUUGGACAAGGGGCAUUUGCAAAAGUUUAUCAAGUGAAGAAGAGGGGCACGUCUGAAAUAUAUGCUAUGAAGGUCAUGAGGAAGGAUAAGAUCAUGGAGAAAAACCAUGCUGAAUAUAUGAAAGCGGAGAGGGAUAUAUUAACAAAGAUUGACCAUCCCUUUGUUGUCCAGCUGAGAUACUCGUUCCAGACCAAAUAUAGACUUUACCUUGUUUUGGACUUUAUCAAUGGUGGUCACCUGUUUUUUCAACUUUACCAUCAUGGCCUUUUCAGAGAGGAUCUGGCUCGCAUCUAUGCAGCAGAAAUUGUUUCAGCAGUGACGCACCUUCAUGCAAAUGGAAUAAUGCACCGGGAUCUCAAACCUGAAAAUAUCCUUCUGGGUGCCGAUGGCCAUGUCUUACUCACCGACUUUGGAUUAGCAAAAGAGUUGGAAGGGAAUGCAAGAGCGAAUUCCUUGUGUGGAACUGUAGAAUAUAUGUCUCCUGAAAUUAUUCUUGGGAAGGGCCAUGACAAGGCUGCUGAUUGGUGGAGUGUUGGAGUUCUAUUGUUUGAGAUGCUUACUGGAAAGCCCCCUUUUAUUGGAGGAAAUAGGGACAAGAUUCAGCAAAAGAUAAUCAAGGACAAAGUUAAGCUGCCUGGCUUUCUAUCAAGCGAAGCACAUUCCCUGUUGAAAGGGCUACUGCAAAAGGAACCAAGUAAGCGGUUUGGUAGUGGGAAGAAGGGUAGCGAUGAAAUAAAGAGCCAUAAGUGGUUCAAGUCAAUUCACUGGAAGAAAUUGGAGGCGAGGGAAAUAACACCAAGCUUCCGUCCUGUGGUUGGUGGAGACCUUUGCAUCGCGAAUUUUGACAAACAAUACACAGAUAUGUCAUUGUCUGAUUCCCCUGCUUCAAGUCCUAAAGUCGAUGGAAAUAUGUUCCUGGGUUUCACCUAUGUCAGGCCGGCUUCCUCCUUUCUCAAAUGAAAUUAGCUAGGACUUAUUUAUGGUUAGCUUUUCUUCAACAGAUUUGGAGUAAGUUAGGAGGGUUUUAUUGUGUGUUUACUACUCCGACAUUUCUUGAUACUGUUGACAUGGUUGUAAUUCAAAUUCAAAAUCAACAAUUAAUGGAUUAUUGAAUGUUUUAAGAGAUGUA